GCAAGCGGUUUUCCCUGCAAGCACAAAAAAUUGGCAAUGCUGGUAACACGGAGAUAACAAACUGGAUCAAAGAGUACUUGGACACAGCUCCGUAUCUGAUCCUCAUUUUCAAGCAGGUAUAUGGGCGGCUUCCUAAUGGCAAAAAGAAGACCCACUACUACAAUGAAAUCAGUGUUUCUAUUGCCUGUGGUAUCCUGCUUGCUGCACUGCAGAAUGCGGGUCUGUAUACAGUGACCACCACACCCCUCAACUGCGGACCCCAACUCCGGAUGCUGCUGCAGCGCCCAGCAAAUGAGAAGUUGCUCUUGCUGCUCCCCGUUGGCUAUCCCAAGCGAGAUGCUACCGUGCCCGCGCUGAGCCGAAAGCCCCUGGAAGACAUCAUGGUGGUCCUGUGA